GAUCUCUUCGAGUUUCUCCCCUUUCAGUUUCUCCUGUAAUUACAACCAUCGCUCUUCCUCACAAAAGUCUCUCGUAUCGGUUGAUGCUGUAACAAAGGAGAUUAACAAGCUAACUCUCCGAAUGCUCUGUCAAGGUCACGUGCUGCGCCGGGCAGAGAAGUUUGGAUACGUGCUACCUACGGAUGUCCAGGAGCAGGCUCUGUCAAUCCUGUUUUUUUGGUCGUGAUUGUAUACUCCAUUCUCAGACAGGUUCAGUGAAGACCCUCGCCUAUCUACUAUCGGUAUUCUCAGUUUUAAGCACUUAGAGGUUAAGUGAGCAAGCACUGAUUAUUGUUCCCACCGGGGAGCUUGGCAUGCGGGUAUAUACAUAUAUUUGUUUUUUUUAAUAUUAAUUUUAGUGAGAUACAACCACUGUUCGGACCAAAGUUUUUAUCUUUUGAUGAACUAUCCUGUCAAGUAAGGUUACAAAAGUUGCUCGUACUCUUGAUGCAAAAAGUGGGAAGCCUGAAGACAAACCUUGCACAGUUAUGGCUCUUCUUGACGGAGGAAUUUUGAGAAGGCACAAGAGUUGGUUGAAGGGACCCUAUUCUGGUGAAGAAGAUUGGGGCGGCAACUGCUCUUGAAGCUAGAGCAACAGGAAUUCCUUAUGUUUUUGCACCUUGUAUUGCGCUUUGCAGAGACCCGAGAUGGGGCCGUCGUUAUGAAAGCUACAGUGAAUAUCAUAAGAUCGUUCAGGCAAUGACCGAGAUCAUACCAGGAUCACAGGGAGAUAUCCUUAACAAUUCUCGCAAGGGUGUUCCUUUUCUUGCCGGCCAACGGAAGGUUGCAGCAUGUGCCAAGCACUUUGUAGGGGAUGGAGAAACAAACAAAGGCGUCCAUGAAAAUAAUACCAUCAUAAGCAGCCUGGGACUAUUCAGUAUCCAUAUGCCUGCCUACUAUAACUCAAUUAUUAAGGGUGUGGCAACUGUCAUGAUAGCUUACUCAAGCUGGAAUGGGGAUGCCUCACUUGUGCGUAUCAUGAAGAGUCGAAAAGUCCUAGGCCAGCAUCAGUUAUUGACGGAGUGUGUUGAGCAAAUAAACCACAUGUUUAAGAGGAAGAGCCCAGAAAAGGGUGGUCAAAAUAAUAAUGAUUGGUUUGCGCUUCUACAAGUGGAGGAAGAACAUUGUACAAACACAAAGCAAAGACAUCGUUAAAGCUUAUGAGCUGUUCUGGGAAAGAAGAAAAAGGCAAGCCAAUGUAACGGAGUGCUAUGCUUCGAUAUCCCACCAUAUUUCUGACGACAACACAACUCAAGAAAAAUUAUGAUUAUUAAACAUAGAGUGAAAGAAGUGUGGGGGUAUGGUGGGCAUUUUAAAAUUUUUACAUUUGGUGUAAUUUCUACACCGUUUUGGUGUUGUAUUGGAGCAAGUUUUACUUCAAAAAUGAUAUCAUUUUAGUGUUUUGAUAUUACAUUGAAGAUGCUCUUAAUAACAUUCGAAAUUUUUCUAGAA